GUGUGUAUAGAGUGUGUGUGUGUGUAUUGCUGCUGUUUGAUUGUGACAUCACGGAAUUCUUGAUGAUGUCACUAACAUUCUGUUAUAUGAGCAGCUGCUGUAGAAUUUUCUCACAGUAGCGACUCAGCAACGCACCAGAGCAGAUCUCAGUGACUUCUUACAGCGAUGGAGGACCAUUACUCAGCCGAACGUCUUCGUUUGACCUGGAGUCAAGUACUACCUGUUGGAGCCGGACUCUGGAACGUGGGCAACACCUGCUUUAUGAACUCUGUUCUCCAGUGUCUUUCAUACACUGCUCCACUGGCGAACUACAUGCUCUCUGGAGAGCAUCUCAGAACAUGUUCCAGAUAUUCGUUUUGCAUGUCAUGCACAUUGCAGAACCACAUCACCCACACGAUUAUGAACUCGGGCACAGCCAUUGUUCCCGCAAGCGUGGUGACUCAACUUAACCUGAUCGGAGAGCAGUUCUGUUUCGGACAACAAGAAGACGCGCACGAGUUCCUGAGGUACACAGUGCUCGCUCUACAGCAGUCCUACCCUGAUGGAAAAAUGCUAGGCAGGGAAACCAACCUCAUUAAUCAGAUCUUUGAAGGUUGUAUGAGGUCUAGAGUCAAGUGUCUAAACUGCAAGUCAGAUUCAGAUACGUUUGAGCCAUACAUGGAUGUUGCACUGGACAUCACGGGAGCCAAGGAUCUUAAUGAAUCGCUACAGCGAUUUGUUAAGCCUGAGCAACUUAGUGAUGGUUACAAGUGCACCAGGUGUAUGGUAACGAGCCCCGCCUCCAAAACAUUGACCAUACACCGCAGCUCAAACGUGCUCACCAUCUGUCUGAAGAGAUUCGAUUUCAACGGACAAAAGAUUUCUACGCUUGUGAAAUAUCCCAAACACCUUGACAUGCGUCCGUUCAUGUCCGAGUCUGAGGGAGAGUCACAAGUGUACAAGCUGUAUGCUGUGCUUGUGCACGCUGGUUACAACCGCCACUUCGGACACUACUACUGCUAUGUGAAGGCUAGUGAUCGCAAGUGGUAUAAAAUGGAUGAUAAACAGGUGUCCGUCGCCAAUGAAACAUCAGUGCUCAAUCAGCAAGCAUACAUGCUGUUCUACGUCAGAACUUCACAAAAGCCCAUGGCAGAGGGGAGGAGCCAAGGGUACAGCGGGUCUACUUACAGAAAGUGCAGCGAAACCUGUGACACCAAACAGCAGAGCACAGGAAAACGAAAGCGCUGCCAAAGCCCUGACAGAGAGGAGUCUCAACCCGCUGCUAAACGGGCACUCGUAGAAAUACCUGCAACUGAUCAACCAUUACUAAAAAUAAGGACAUCAGAAAAUCUCAAGGCAAAGAAAAAGAGCCAAGGGUGCAGCGGGUCUACCAGUGAGAAGUGCAGCAAAACUCGUGACACCAAACAGGAAAGCACAGGAAAACGAAAGCGCUGCCUAAGCCCUGAAAGAGUGGAGUCUCAACCCGCUGCUAAACGGCCACUCAUAGAAACUUAUAGAACCUGUGACCCCAAACAGCAGAUCACAGGACAACGAAAGCGCUGCCCAAGCCCUGAAAGAGUGGAGUCUCAACCUGCUGCUAAACGGGCACAAAUACCAACACCUGCAAUUGAUGAACAGUUACUACAGGAGAGAAAGAAACUACAAAUAAGGACUUCAGAAAAACUGAAACCGGAAAAGAGGAGCCGUGAAGACAGCGAUGCGUAUGGCGAGUGCUCUGAAAUCAGUAGCACCAAACAGCCGAGCAUCAUAGAAAAACGCUGCCAUAGCCUUGAGAAAGAGAAGUCUGCCCCCACUGCUAAACACACACACAUAAAAAAACCUGCAGUUAAGAAACAAUCAUUGCUGACAGAAAAUAAAAAAAUAGAUCUCAAAACUAUUAAAAAAAUGAUCUUAAACAAAUCACCUUAUGAAACAGUACAAAUAAUGACCAAAAUUAAACAAAGGCUAAAGAAAUUGGGAAAAAUGUGAGCUACUACAGCUACAAAAAUUUGUACGGAACAAGAUGAUGUUAGCAAUGUGAAAUUCAAGUAAACAAACAUGGCACUGUUGUGUCGAAUUCAGCACCUCCGUCAGGAAAAGCACCCCCUCUGGUGAGCAUGCGCUUUGUUGUUUUGUAUGUAACCAUGACUAAGAUAACCACGACUUUUGACGUGUAUUUCUAAGUAAGUUCAUGCGGAUUAUCUCUGCUUUUAUGAGAAGACAGAGCGAAUGUGCUCCUGAGAGAAGGUGCUUUUCAUGGCGGGGGUGAUAAAUUCGGCACAACAACGACAAGUCCACUGAGCAGUCAGCAAUGACGUUAGCAACACCUUAGCAACCACCUGGAAUAUGUUAGCAAUGUCCUAGCAACAGCUUAGCAACCACUUUAGAAAUUAUAGCAACUCUACUUCUCUAUUUUUCAUUUUUUUCUUUCUUUCUACUCUCUCUAUAUCGCACUCUUUCUUUCUCUCUUCUUUGCUAUUUCUCGCUCUUUGUUUCUCUCUACUUUUCUCUACUUCUCUAUUUCUCACUCUCUCUUUCUCUCUACUUCACUAUCUCACUUUUUUUUCUCUCUACUGAGUUGUUGAGUUAAAAUUCGGAUUUACGCACUGCAGUGUGUGUGUUUAACAAGCGGGGGUGUGAAAAAAAUAAUAAAAACAAUAAAAAUAAAAAUAAUGGACUGAUGCUAUUAUGUGUAGUCUGACCAGAGGAGGAUGGGUCCCCCCUGAUGAGCCUUGGUUCCUCCCAAGGUUUCUUCCUCCUCCAGCUCUGAGGGAGUUUUUCCUUGCCACUGUUGCUCACUGGGGGUUAUAUGUCCUUAAUUUAAUGUUUUGGUUGAUAUCUAUAAAACUGCUUUCCAACAUCAGUUGGAAAACUUCUAAAUAAAUAUAAAGUUUUUUACUUGA